AUGCUGCUUUCCUUUGUGGAUGACAGGACCAUUCUGGCCCAAUCCAAACAACUUGAUGAUAACAAUGUGGGCCUGCGUAAGGCCUACAAAAUUAUCUACCUUCUCUUUGUUGCUUUCACACUCAUUCUUGAACAUGACAAGACUGAGCUGUUCCAUUUUUUGCAUCGACGAGAUGCCUACAAUCCCUCGCUGGACCUGGGGUACACCCCUCAUACCGGCGCUACACCUUUGAAGCCCAAGACCUACUGGAGGCACCUGGGCUUCUACUUUGACCAUGGGCUCAUGUUUCAUGAGCAUGUCCACUACUAUGCCACCAAGGCAUUUACCACUGUGCAGGCCAUGCGCAUGCUCGGAAACUCUACCAGAGGUCUCUCGCCUAAACAGUGCCACCUCUUAUAUAGAUCGUGUGUGGUUCCCAUUGCCACAUACAGUUAUCGUCUCUGGUAUUUCGACGGCGCCCAUAAUAAGGGUGCUUUCCACACCUCACCUACAGGUGGUCUUGAGGCCCUUGCUGGUCUCAUCCCCGUCCACCUUAUGCUGAAGAAGUUGGCAACAUGCGCAGUGUACCGUGUCACCACCCUCUCGGACACCCACCCUCUUCGCUCCAUGUUGGGCAAAGGACUCCUCAAGCGGGCCGUGCCUCAUGCCUGCUCAGCCGCCUUGAUGACCCCAGCUAUGCGAGGGAAGGUCAAGAGCACCGUCAUGGAGGUGGAUGAGCGUGUCCACACCUUAACUGAGAGCUUUGAGCCCUUUGCGCCUGAAGCUCGCCCAGGCGAUUGGUUACUGGACCACUAUGCGGACCGUCUCCACUUUGACAAGCGUGAUCCUACCCAGGAUAAGCGCCCAUAUCUUGACAAGCUCAUCAUGAAAGCGAGGGCCGACCCUUUAACAGUGCUGGCUGCAACUGAUGGCUCUGUCCCUCAGUCCAACCAGUAUCAGGCGACUUCGGCUGCCAUCAUCUACAAGGGACAUCGCGAGCUCGAAAGGACUUGUUAUGUCUCUGGCAGAGUUACCGCCCCAGAUGCGGAACUCAGCUCAAUGCCAUCUCAUGCAAACUGCCAGCAUAUUAUCGUCUUCACUGACUCUAUGGGCUCGGCCCAUAAAGCGGUAGACCCCUCCAUGCACUCUGGCCAGGCUUUCAGUCUCCUCUUCUUUGGUGGUCUAUCCCUUUGUUGGGCCCUCUAUGAAUCUUCAGGGAGCGCUCUCCAAGGGUGGUUCGAGGCGGAUGAUCUCCGCCGCAUCACCUUUGUCUAUGUUCCAUCUGCUUUGCGGUGGGAUAUCCAUGGUGAGGCACACAAGUAUGUCACCAAACUUAGGGUCAGGGUUGGACAUUGCAAGACGGACAACUCUAUAGACGUGCUUCACUCCAAAGCUGCGCGCUCAGUCCUAGACUUGUGGAGCUCCACUUUCCAGGAUCCAACUUACCAAGGCUCUGAAUUUUUAGAGCUUCAACAGCCUGACAGGCGGCCGCUACAGCCAUCGUACCUCAAUGAGGGACCUUGGCUUUCAACUUUCAGACACAGUAUCACUGAGUUCACCCGUGUCUGCCGGUGUAUAACUGGCCACAUGCCCAUUGGAGCAUAUUACCGUCACUUCAAGAUCAAUGAGCCUCAUGGCUGCACUUGCAGGGCUGCCUUGCAGUCCCAUCAGCACGUCCUCUUUCGCUGUCACGAUAGAUACUCUGUACACUAUCCCUGUUUUCUUGGGGAUAUUGCAUCAUUUAUGAAGUACAAAAGUACAACCCUACAGUGUGUGGCUUCAACCGAGACCCUUCGGGGGUCAGAUGAUCAUUGGUUCGGAGACCUGCACCUGUAA